ACGUUCCCUCACCACCCAAUGCGCAUGGGCAGAAGCUGAUUUUAGGGCUCACUUUUGUUGAUUCAUCCGUUUCAAGAUUGAUUAGAGUACCACCUAAGGCUUCGCUGAAAAGGUCGUGGCAAGACCGAUUUCUGGUACUGUUUCCGGUAUGGAGAUCGCCUCGCUGCCCCAGGAGUUGCUGCUGCACGUGCUGAGCUUCCUGCCCCCCGGGGACUUGCUGCGGUGCAGGGCCACGUGCCGUCGGUGGAGGGACCUGGCAGUGCUUCCGGCCCUCUGGCGCCACAAGAAUCUUGACGCUUAUGCAAAGAGAGACAGCGAACUGGUCGCGGCCGCCAUGCGGCUGGUUCCCUGCCUGCACAAGUUGUGGGUGAGCCCUUGGUCAACCUGCUGGGACAGUCUCGGCGCCGUUCUUCCGUGGACAAACUGCGCGGUAUCCCACCUGCACUUAGGCAUCAAUCUUAGCGAUGCAGUCCUCGUUACCGCGGUGCUCGGAAGGCAGGCUGCCCUGGGGAAACUAAAACAUCUUAAUGUAUAUUCCUGCGACGAAGUGAACAAAAAGUCUCUGAGCAAAGUUCAUCAGCUCCUAGAAUUUCUGCUCCACACUCAAGGAUUGGAAUCGAUUGUUAUUAACAUUGGUGCUGACCCUGCUGACAUCAUGAAAGGGAAAUCCCCUCUUCUCAACGCUGCCAAAAGUGCCGCACCAGUACCAGCGUCCCUUCGGAAGCUGGUGUACUGUUCCACGUUGAGGGACCCCUGUCUGCCCCGCCACCUCGAGUGGCAUGCAGCCACUUUGGAGGUGGUGGAACUGCGGGUGUACCAUCCCGGCGUGACACCGCUGCUCGCCGCCUUGCCUCGCCUGCGCGAGUUACAGUGCACCUUGCUGGAGGACAUGCCGGCGCUGCUGCAGUGCCCCUCGCUGAAGAAGGUGCACCUUCUCGUCAACCUGGACUCGUCUCCAAAAGCCUCUACACUCGGAGUGGCAGAGUACCUUCGCGCGGCCGUCUCGCGCCUGGAGGAGCUCGUUUUGGAGUUCUCUGACAGUGAGUAUCGCGGCAAAGCCACCAACCUGGUGUUAAGUCUGGCGGGCUCGCGACACGCCGCACAGACUCUGCGGAGCUUGACCCUUAAAGAUGAGGACGAUGACAUAUCGACGUUGCAAGCGACGCUGCCCCCUCUGGCCGCCAUUCUCCACCGCCUGAAGGCCCUCGUGACCCUGCACGUCCCCAACAUGUCGAAUGAUCUCCUUGAUGCACUGGACGGCGACGCACUGCCCAACCUGGAGCAGCUGUCCUUCAACUCGCCAGAGCGUUGCCCCCACGAGUGGAUCCACGGCGAGCAAGUCAGGGCCGUCUUGGGGCGGUGCCCACGGCUACACUUGUUGAUGAACUCCUUCCAUGAUCUUGGAUCCGUUUCUCAAUAUUGUCUGGAGCACACCUGCCAUGACUUGCCGGCAAGUUCAAGGUGCACGCUGUUCAGCCACCCGAAGAAUGAAUGCUGUGGCGUGAAGCAUAUCGGGGAAGAAAUACACAUCAGUUUAUAAAUUACUGGCAAAAAUUUUAUAUACAUAUAUUCAUGAAGAGCAUUGCCACUAUGUAGCUGCCUGUGUGCUGAGUUUCUUGUUCUGAGUGCCUUUAUGUGGACGCGAACAAUUUUGAUUCUAGGACUGGUUUUGAAGCUUGUUAAUGUCGUUGCUGAAAAGAGACUCUCAUUCUGUUCUCUAUUGAUCAUUUAACGUCUCAAACUUGUGUUAUAAAUCCACUGAGUUCUCAUCUUUGUAGGCUUUCAUUUGAAGAUAUGUAAGUCUGUAGCGCUGCAAAGAUCUUUUGUUCAUCAUCUUAUCGAAUUAUCAUUAUUAUUUUAUGGCAUGCAAGAGAUAUGCCUCUUUCUCCUGACAAGCUGCGUUGGUUGAGAUGUUGUCACCUUUUGAAGAUAUUAAAGAACAAUCAUCCCUAUGGAUA